AUGGAAGCCCUCGGCGCCGCAUCUGCCAUCCUCUCGAUCGCGACAGUUGGAGCCCAAUGCUCCGUUAGGUUGAUUUCAUUUGCAGCGCAGGUCAAGACAGCAUCCGAGCGAAUUACCCGCAUUGCAGAAGAUGUCUCCUUAAACACAAGCAUUCUACAGCAGGUGGGUGAGUUGAUCAAGCAAAGCAUUGAUGGUGGUGAACUGCCCGACCGCUGGGAGAAUGAAGGAGACCAAGAGCAGCAUUCGAUGGUCGCAGGAGAGGGUGCUAAGUCUACGGAAGCAAAGCAGGGUGUCUUCAAUACUUCGGGAUUGGAGACAACUAUGAAGAUAGCCACUAAAUGCAAGGAUAUAUUUAGCGGUCUGAAUGAACGGUUACAGAACGCAAGUAGACAGCUGAGCAAUGGAUCGGGAAAGAUCGUUCGCGUCAAGCUCACCCGAGUGGAGAGACUAAAGUGGCCAUUUUUGCAGCCAGAGAUAGAUACAAUGCGCGACGAGCUGAAGGACGCCAGGGGGACGUUGACGCUAAUGUUUCAGGUUGCUAUGCUGGCCUAUUUGGGCAAGGCAAUGCAAAGACCCAACUGGCAACCCCAACACAAUACAAUGAUCAUUCCAUACUCUCAAGAAGAUCUAACAUGGCUUAAGACAUCGAUCGUGGCCAUUCGCAAAACGCAGACUCUUGAGACCGACCCACAAAAAGACAGCCUACCGACGAGAGUUGCUCCGUCUGAAUUAGAUACAUGCCAGCUGCCAGAUGCCCGCGCGACGACUGCGCAUUGUAAACGCUCAGAGGCAAUGUUGGAGACUAAUGUACACAAAUCAACAUCGAAUCCGAAAGCCGGAAAACGUUCUAUAUUUGACCCAAUACCCGACCCAGGCGGAAAGUUGCUGAAACACUUCUCUACCUAUCAAAGGCAAAAUAAAUGCACCCAGACUGAAACCAUUUCCGAGCCAGCAGAGCCUUCAUCAGAGAGUUUAACCAUGCAUAUAUUCACGCCACAAGCUUCGAUUCAGGACAACGAUAUCCUAAUUAACCACCGCCAUCACACGAUCAACCUUUCCCCGAAGGAGGUUAAAUCCCAACUGGACGCAUGGAAAUCUUCUACGCCUUCUAGUAUCUGUGAGCAGUUACAGGCCCUGACGUUCAAGGAGCGCUUUGCAUUGGACAUGAAUAAGCUCAUAGGUCACACCACACAGUAUCCAUUUUACAAGGCAAGAUUAGAAUGGAUACAUUUCGGCGAGUAUGGUCCAAUCAUCCAUGGUUUGGAGACGCCGAAGGCCAGAGCCUUGACCGUUAUUACGAGCUCAGAGGCUUCACCUUUACCAUCUCCUUCGAGAUUUUUUCCUGAUUGGAACUUUGACAAGCAGGACCGAUCUCUGCCUUGUCCGCCACCAGGUAAAAGGCCAACAUUGAAGGUGGCAAUAGACGAGAUGAAUGAUAUGCCCCAAGCCCAUACCCCAGAGUCAAAAGCUGCGAGCUCUGUUGUCUUACCGCCCCCAUCACCCAAGAUUGAAAGAGAGGAAGAAAAGGAAGAAGAAGAGGACCAAGAUGACCGCUUAUCGGAGAAUGAUUGGGAGGCAGAAGGUAUUGUUCAGGGUCUCUUGGCAGCCUAUACUACCUGA